AUAUAAAGAGUUGACGAUCACGGCAAAUUUAUCAUUUGGCUUGUAACAUUAAAGAAGUGGAAGUUUGUUAAGAUUAGUUUUAAACACUGACCAUUGCUGUUAUCGCUGACUAUACUAAACACUGAAUAUCGCUGUUUACUUGAGUGGGAACACGAAAUUCUUCAUUAUGGAAGAAGCAAAUUUGUCUGAUGCGGGCAAAAUGCCCUCGGAAUUAGGAAGUGCCAGUCAUGAUUAUCUUGGUGAUAAUAUAUCAUCAAAAGAGCCUGCGUCAAAUGUUUUAAUAAAAGUCCAUGCAUUUCAACAUUUGGACGGCGGUGACGACCUGAGUACAGACCAGACUUCUGAAGAUUUGGAGAAAGCCGAUUCAGACGUUGAGAAAUCUUCUGUGUCCAGUUCUGUUUUGCAAACUGGCGAAAUGCUUCAUUCUGAUGAUGAGAAAAAUAAUGACGAAACUUCUCCAAGUACUGUAUCAACUACAUUAACUUCGAAAGAAAACGGUCUUGAUGAAGAUGUCGCUGGCAAUUCUGAUGUCGAACAAAACGAAGGACGAAGCUCUAGGAAGAAGUCUGCGGUAAGCGAUUUGACAUCAAUGAUGGUCGCCUGUAAAGAAGGAAAUUAUCGCGUUGUUCAAAAACUGUUUGAAAAAGGAGCUUCGGUUUCAGAAACUGAUAUGCACGGAAUGACGUGUCUUCAUUAUGCCGCGUUGUCCGGCUCCGAACCCAUAGUCAAAUUUCUAGUAUCACAACAAAAGGAUUUAGUUUUAACGACAAACGACGAAGGUCAGACUCCAUUACAUCUUGCAUGUACUCACAGCUCACACGCUUUUGCGAUUGUGAAAUUAUUGGUGAAAGACAAUGGCGAAGAAGCGAAGCUAAUUACAGAUGCUGCGGGCGAAACUCCUCUUCUUUUGGCAGUGGAAAGUGGAAACAAGCUGGUCGUUCGAGAAUUAUUGGACAGCAAAGCAAAGGAACAAUUAAAGAUUGUUAAAAAAGAUUCUGGUGAUUCAGCAUUGCAUUGUUGUGCACGGAAAAAAAACGUGGAUGUUGCAAGAAUAUUAUUGGACUCUGGCUCUGCCGUAAAUCUAAAAAAUAAUGAUGGUCAAACGGCAUUACAUAUAGCUGCGUACGAAGGACAGGAAGCAAUGAUAAAAUUAUUAUGCUCAUCUAACAAAAUGUUUGCUGAUAUACAAGACAAGUUUGAUCGAACUGCCGUACACAUUGCAGCUGAAAGAGGAUUUUCAGGAAUUGUUGAAUAUCUUGUGGAUAAAGUAAAUGUCGAUAUUAAUUUUCGUUCCAAGUCUGGCAAUACACUCCUUCAUAUCGCUGCACAAAAUGGUCAUACAAAUACUGUUUUAGCAUUACUAAACAAACGUGUUCCUCUUCAUAUGCCGAAUAAAGCUGGUGAGGUGUCGCUACACGCAGCUGUCAUUUGUGGUCACGUGGGUGUCGUUGAGACUCUUCUAAAUAAGGGCGCACAGGUUGAUUGUAAAACGAAGGAUCUGUAUACUGCACUACAUAUUGCCGUGCAACACCGCAAGCCAAAAGUAGUGCAGACUCUUCUGGGCUACGGAGCAAAUGUGCAUCUUAAAGGGGGGAUGCUUGAAGAAACGCCUUUGCAUAUAGCUGCACAUUAUAAAGAUGGUACUGAGGUCGCUGAAAUGUUAUUGAAGAGUGGAGCGAAUGUUGAUGUACCCCAAGAGAACGGAGAAACAUCGCUUCACAUAGCAACGAGAAACAACAAUAUCUCCAUGAUAGAACUCCUCUUGUCUGAAGGCGCCAAUGCUGCAAGGAAAUCACAGAAAGGAGAGAUACCUUUACACAUCGCUGUCGAGAAUUCGUUUUUCGACAUUGCUGCGGUGUUAGUCAAUCAUGUCAUGAAAUCUAAUCUGAACCUUACCCAUGGUGUCAAGUUUAUAGUCAAUUCACCGAACAAAAAAGGAGAGACUCCGUUACAUUACGUCAGCAAACUGACAACGAAUGAGGAGACUGGUGAGCUGGACUUAAAAGCAGCGAAUCUUUUACUGAAGCAUGGCGGAAAUCCUAGACUGGAAACCGUGGAUACAAAAGAAACUUGUGUCCAUUACUGUGCAAGAUCUGGCAACAAUGACGUCCUUCAGGCUUUACUUAACUCGAUAUCAGCAGAAGAAGUUCGACGAUUAGUAAAUGCGAAAUCAUCUAAUCAUGUGACUCCUCUACUUAUAUCGUCGGAAAAAGGAAAUCUGGAUGUCACAAAGACUUUUAUGAAUUGGAAUGCGAGGCUUGACGCCUUUGAUGAGAAAGGCCAAACGCCACUUCAUUUGUCCUGUGCUUACGGUCAUAAAGAUGUCGCUGUAUAUCUUCUCAACUCUAAACCAUACAUAAAUGCAAAAACAAAACUUGGUUUCACUCCGCUACAUUUGGCAGCGGAGAAAGGAUACACGGACCUGGUCGAAAUGCUUGUUGUUCAAUUUUCAGCAAGUAUAGACGCUCUAUCGUUUGAAGGACAGACGCCGUUACAUUUGGCAGCCGAGGGAGGAAGGUUGGAUGUUUGUAAAGUCCUGUUGCAUCUACAAGCUGAUACAUCCGUUGCUGAUAAUCAUGGGAGAACGCCCUUGCAUUGUGCCACACAAAUGGAUCAUUCAGAAGUUGUUAAGUUUUUCGUGAAAAAUUAUCCUGAACUUGUCAAUCAAACGAACGCUGAUGGCGAGACGUGUGCCCAUAUCGCUGCUGCGAAAGGAAGUAUUUCUGUUAUAAAAGAACUUGUUCAAUUGAAAAAUAACAACAUCAUAGAAAAAAUUACUUCUAGCCAGAUUUCCACGCCUCUGCUCUUAGCGGCCAGCGGUGGUCACGCUGAUGUCGUACAAGUUUUGUUACUGAAUGGAGCGAAUGCUACACAUAUGGAUAAGUUUGGUUGGACAGCUAUUCAUCUUGCAGCGAGAAAUGGCCACAACAACGUUAUCGACAUACUUAAAGAUAAGAUUUCUCUUGAUUUUGUUAGCCCAAAGACGGGACUCUCAGCGGCUCACAUCGCGGCGCAGUACGGCCAAACGGAAGUCAUGAGGGAAAUAUUACUAGAGGCUGAUGUUGGGAAUGUGAAAAGUCAGCCGAACAAGACGAAAAAAGACGAGGAAUCCGGCUGUACUCCUCUGCAUUUUGCUUCGAGGUCUGGAAACGAACAUGUCGUUCGCCUUCUUUUAAAUAAUCCGAAUGUGAAGGUUGAUGCAUUGACAACACAAAAUUCAUUACCGUUGCAUAUGGCGAGCGGCGAAGGACACGCCAACGUUGUUAGCCUGUUGCUCAGUAAAGCUCCGCAUCAAGUCCACGCGAAGAACAAACUAGGGCGGACGGCGUUCCAUCUUGCUGCGUCCAGCGGUCGCAACAAUGUCGUUACUCAGUUGUUGGCGCAAGGAGCUAAAAUCGAUGCUGAAGAUACGGAUGGUUGGACCGCGUUGCAUUUCUCAGCGACUUCUGGACAUUUAAAAGUUGUCAAACAGCUUAUUGAAUCUGGUGCAAAUCUUACUAAGGAAACGGGGGAAGGAAAGGUUGCGUUGUGUUAUGCUGCUCAUUCGGGGAAUGUCGCCGUUCUACAUUAUUUACUCAAUCUUAAAUUUGAUCCGUCGCUUUUGUUGUUGGAUAAAACGUUCUUGUUCGAUCUUAUGGUGUGUGGAAAAGGGACUGGUAACGAGUGCAUCACGUCAUUCAUUCUCCGCUCGCCCGCACCUUUGUAUACAGCGGUAAAACUUUCCCAUCACUACAGAAUGCGGUCAGUUAAAGUUAAAGAGCGAAGCAAAGACCUGACAGCCGCUGGAGAUUUUUGCGAGGAGUUGGCCCAAAACAUUAUGGCUCUGGCUUGUGCAACUGAUGCAAGUCAUCUGUUGAACGCGACAGAUGACGAAGAUAAACCGUUUUUGGACGUAAUGGUCGAUUGCGAACAGAAGCAGUGUGUUGCGCAAACCGCUGUGCAGUCGUACUUAGGUAGCAAGUGGGUUGCCGGGCAAGAUUGGAGAACGUCCAAAAUUGUGGGUUUGUUCCUCGCGGCCUUCUUUUUGCCGCCUGUUUGGGCAGUGCUCUCCCUUCCAUGGAAAAAUAACUGCAAUCAAGUGCCGUUGGUAAAGUUUAUCUGUAAAUUAAUAUCACAUCUCUAUCUUAUUCUACUGUUCGUAUUCAUGUUGGCUAUACCAUGGGGAAAACUUGGCGAUGACGUAGUUCCGGCCUGGUACGAGGUAGUGUGGAUGUUUUGGUUGUGUGGUCUUUUUCUUGAACAACUCACCGAUGCGAAGAAUAAAAAAGGUCUGGGGCGAUUACCAAUAUUGGUAGUAUUUUUGUCAAUGGUCGGCGUUCUUCUUCAUUUGAGUGCGAUUCCCUGCGGGAGCUCCACGCGUUUAAAUCUUUUGUACUCGCGCAAUCAGAUUUUAGCAGUUGCAAUGUUUUAA